CGGGGGGGGGGAGGCGGUUGGAGAGAGGAAGUGUGCAUUCGGCCACCACUUGCUUCAGCCAUGGAGACCAACAAAGUUCUUCAUUUCGUGCCUUCGGAGGCGCCUCCCUCUGGGAUGUCCAAGAAUGGAUACUUCUUUCAAGAAAUGGAGCAGCGGGAGGCGGAGCAGGAGGAGGGCAGCGAGGGCCGAGAGGAGGGACAGGACUCGCCGAUCGCCUGCGGAGAUGACAUCCACCUCUACGACAACCAGAUCAGCCCUGGGCCGGACGCUGACGACUCCGGUUGUGUGUUGCUGAACACGUCAAGGAGGUACGUGAAGCUGAUGAACUUUGAGGAGGAGGUCCGGGCUCACCGCGACCUGGACGGCUUCUUGGCGAGGGCCAGCAUCCUGUUGGACGAGACGGCCGCCUCCCUGGACGACGUGCUGAAGAGGAUGCUGCACCACGUGGGCCAGGACAGCCACGUGUCCGAGCCCGGCUGCAACUUCGAGGAGGUGAUGAGCAUGCUUUUCACAGAUGCCGGAGCCCAGGAGGUCAACGUUCACCUGCUGUCGGAGACCAUCCAGGGGGUGACGGCGACGGCCACCGGGGUCCAGUACCAGCAGUCCUGGCUCUGCAUCCUCUGCAACGUGAAGCAUCUCCAGAGGCGUCACGUGUGCAUCUCCCGCCUGGAGAGGCCGCAAAACUGGGGGGAGAACUGCUGCGAGGUCCGCUAUGUCAUCCUGAUACUGGCCCCGCUCAAAAUGAAAAGCACCAAGACGGCGAUGGAGCUGGGCCGGACGUUCGCCACCCUCUUCUCCGACAUCUCCUUCAGGCAGAAGCUGCUGGAGACAAAGACUCAGGAGGAGUUUAAGGAGGCCCUGGUGUUCCAGAGACACCAGCUGACGGCGACCAACCAGCAGCCCACGGCUCUGGGGAAGGAGGAGACCGACCCCCGCAGCCACAAGCCCCUCAAGGUGGGAGGUAUCGUCGGCAGCAACAAAACCCUGCUCAAGUACAUGACCACGGCCAUCUUCCUCUACAUCGCCAUCCUGCUCCCCGCCAUCGCGUUCGGCUCGCUCAACGACGAGAGCACGCGUGGCGAGAUCGAUGUUCGCAAGACCAUCAUCGGCCAGAGCAUCGGCGGCGUCAUCUACUCGCUGUUCGCCGGCUCUCCCCUCGUCAUCCCUCUGACCACGGCUCCCCUCGCCAUCUUCAUCAGCGUGAUCCGAGGAAUCUGCGACGACUACAACCUGGAUUUCCCGGCUUUCUACGCCUGCAUCGGCCUGUGGAACUGCCUCUUCCUCAUCCUGGGGGGAAUCUUCAACGUCAGCCUGCUCAUGAAGCUCUUCAAAAGGUCGACGGAGGAGGUCAUCGCCCUGUUCAUCUCCAUCGCGUUCGUGGUUGACGCCGUGAAAGGCACAGUCAAAAUCUUCCACAGGUACUACCACGCUCCAACGCUGGCUAACAGAAGCAUGGAGGACUUCCCUCCGGGCGGAGAGCUGCUGGGAGGAAACAGGAGCGAGGCGGCGGCGGGGUUGGCCCUCAACGUCCUCCCCGAAUCCUUCAUCCAGUGCACCCGGGAGAGGCCCGUCCUCUGCCUCCUGCUGAUGCUCGGCACGCUGUGGAUGGGCUACACCCUGUACCAGUUCAAAAGGAGCCCUUUCCUGCACGCCAAAGUGAGGGAGGUGCUGUCGGACUGCGCCCUGCCGAUCUCCGUGCUCCUCUUCUCCUUCAUCGGCUCCUACCUUUUCAGCGACAUCGAGCUUCCAGUGUUUAAAGUUCACGACCGGCCCAUCUUCAACGUGGCUCCGUUUGAGCGGCUGUCGGCCAUGAACGUGGUCAGCGCCAUGGGCCUCGGCUUCCUGCUGGCGCUGCUCAUCUUCAUCGACCAGAACAUAGUCGUCUCGCUGACCAACGCGCCGGAGAACAGGUUGCUGAAGGGCACGGCGUACCACUGGGACCUGAUGCUCUCGGGCCUCAUCAACAUCCUGAUGUCGGUGCUGGGGCUGCCGUGGAUGCACGCCGCCUUCCCCCACUCCACGCUGCACGUCCGCCAGCUGGCCUUCGUGGAGCAGCGCGUGGAGGGCGGCCACCUCUACGAGACCAUCGUCCAGGUGAAGGAGACCCGGCUGACGUCUCUGGCUGCCAACAUCUUCAUCGGCGUGUCGUUGCUGCUGCUGCCCGUCCCGCUGCAGUGGAUCCCCAAGCCGGUGCUGUACGGCCUCUUCCUCUACAUCGCCCUCACCUCCAUCGACGGCAACCAGAUGUGCGACCGCAUGGCCCUCCUCCUCAAGGAGCAGACGUCCUACCCGCCCACCCACUACAUCCGCAAAGUGCCCCAGAGGAAGAUCCACUACUUCACCUUCCUGCAGAUGAUGCAGCUGCUGGUGUUGUGUACGUUCGGCAUGUACCCGGUGCCGUACAUGAAGAUGAUCUUCCCUCUGUUCAUGAUCCUCCUAAUCCCGAUCAGGAACAACGUGCUUCCUCAUAUCAUUGAGGCCAAAUACUUGGACAUAAUGGAUGCCCAACACAUGUAGCUACAGACGGACGCUGUGGAUCCACAACCACGAAAUCACACAACAACAACAACAACAACAACAACAACAAAAAAGGGACGUCUGGAAUUUUAAAAAAUAUAUAUAAAUAUAACAAAUAAAGGAAAAUGAGGAUCGACACACGAGGAAAAAAACAACAUAUUUUUCAAUGCAAAACUGUUAACGGAAGCAAAAAGAAGAAACAAAACCGACUGUUUAGAUUUUUUUGAUAAGGACAUUCUUACAGGUGAAGCACUGGAAGACGUGAACCGAGAGGCAGGGGGAAGCGUUGUUUUUUUUGUUGUUUUUUUGUUUGUUUUCCCAAAAAGCAAAAAGUUGGACAAGAUUUUAAAAAAACGAGAGCGAGAGAAAGAGAAAACGGGACCGUCCAGAACUCCCUGUUUCACCUCACCCGGUGCCAUACGAUACCUCCAUGUUCACACCUUUUUUUAUUUUAAUGGCUUUAUCCUCACUGCAGUGUCCGUGUGUCUAACCUGUGAGCUUUAAGCACUCACUAAUACUGUGUACGUAGCCGCCAGCGUGCAUCUCGUAGUACCAGCACAAUGUAAGUCCGAUCUUUCUCCACACUUUUGCAUUGUGUUCGUACAUGCGUGUCGAUAAAUGCUUUCCUCUGCUGCUGGAAACGCUGCAAUCUGGCUGCUGUGAAGUUGUUUUUCUUUCCCUGUCAUCGUGUUGAAAAAUCUCUACAUUCCUUUAGCUGUGAUCUUUGAUUUUUUUAUUUCUUACGAAGGACGCCUGUUGCAGUUUAACAGUAUUCAUGAAAGGAGAGGAUACAGGUGUGUGUGAGAAAGAAAGAAAGAGAGAGAGUGUGUGUGUGUGUCCUUCAUCUUCCUGCUUUAGAAAACCCCCUCACUUUUAAGGUGGAAUUUAAGAACAAAAAAAAGCAAAAAGAAGACAUUCCACGAGUAUAUAUAUAUAUUAUAUGUAAUUAUUUAGAAUGACAGCACAAACCAAAACAUAUAGUUAAAGAAGUCUUUAUCAAAUUAUGAAUAUAUUUGAAUAUGUUAUGGCAAUAUAGGAGAAAAUAAAUCAAUAUUAUAGGUCAAAUUGAGAUAUUUAUUUAUCAUACCGUCUACAUUCCAGUGUUUUAUUUUUGUUGUUGAUUGCAUAUCAAAAGUCCAACACAGUUCUGGUGCGUUGCUAGUGAAGGCGAAAGGUUUUAAAAGAAAUAAAAAUACAGAUUCAAGAGCUUUGGAUUCAACAAAAUGCAUCUUUUUUUUUUUUUUUAAUUUUAAAUUUUUAUUUGUGAACAAGUGUUCCCGAGACGAGUUUUAGACUAAAACCCCCCCAAGGUCUUGUUUUUUCUAUUUAGAUGUUAUGAUUAGAUCAGUGCUUGCGAAACGUUAUGUCAUGUAAUAAUUCCAGACGUCUGGAGAUGAUUUAUCUUGUUAUCUACAGUUCAAAAAAAAAAAAUGUUUUAAGAAUAAAAAAAAAUUAAAAAUAAAAAAAAAAAAGGACAAAAAAAAAAAAUCUUAAGCACUGGUUUGCUUAAAAAAAAGCAUGUCUCAUCUGGGUUUUUUGAUACGAUGUGAUGCCAAUGGACAUGUAACCUACACGAGUUAUUUAAAAAAUAAAAAUAAUAUAGUAGCAAGUCAAACAGUAACUUUAAAAAUGAAUGCAACGCUCAAUAUUCAGCAAUACUGUGUAUAAAAAGCAGCAACUCCACCGCUGAGGUGUGUUUUUGUUUCCCAGCGAAAAGGUCGAAACCCGAAAAAGCAAUGACAAGGCGGAGCUGCGUUUUUUUUUUAUUUAAAAAAGGCAGCAACUUUUCAGAAAAACAAAAAAACAAAACAAAGCUGAUUCAAUUAUUUCACACUUUAAAGACACCCUGUCAAAGAGGCAUUCUAUCAGUUGCUUUCCCAAAUAUCCAAAUGGCAGCUCCCUCAUGCAGUUCUGUUCAAACUUUGUCGUACCAGAUGUGAGAAAGAUGUCCAAUUUCCAAGCAGAUGUCUCACGCCGAGAUAGCAAAAAAAAAAAAAAGAAAGGAAAGAGAGGAGAAAAUAAAAGGAAGGCAUUUGCAUAAUCCUCGGACUAAGCCUUAAGACGGACGGCGCUGGUGGGAGACGAAGGAAGAGAUUGCGAGGUAUGAAGUAAUAUGUACAGUUUGCAAUGCAGAAGUUUAGUUUUUAAUCAACCGUUCCAUUAUUAUUAAUCCAUGGCAAAGGUAUUAGUUUCUAACUUUGGACCGAGAUUUAAAAGAUUCUUCUUCUUAUGUGACAGUACCGUUGUUGUUCCUCGAUAUCUUCGCUGUACCGACGAUCUUUGGAAUAGCAGCAACUCUUCUCUCAGAGGACUAAAUAUUGGAUUCAGCGUGAAAGACAUACUACUCUUGUUUGUGAAACUCCCUUCCUCCUCCUCCUCCUCCUCCUCUUCCUCCCUAAUUGGAUUUGUUUGAAACUGUGGUGUUUUCUUUUUUUUCUUUUUUCUUUUCUUUUCCUCUUUUCCCUGAUUUCAUAUAGCCUACUUUUUCUAAUCAUGAAUGUAUGACGUGUGGGUUUUUAUAUAGCAUAACUAAUUUAGGUGUCAAACAGAAUCUGUAAUUUUGUCAAAAAGAUCAGCUAUAUUUGUAAGCUGUAAUAUGUAAAAACGAGAAAAAAAAUGGUUAUCAAACAGAAUGUGUUGGUUUACUAUAGUAUAUAUAUAUACUGUACACUGAAAAAGAGAGACUAUCUCAAGCUGUUUGCCAAAUAAAGAGUAGUAGUGAUGUACA